AUGUUUUAUUUCCACUGUCCUCCGCAGGUGGAUGGGGAGUGCUGUCGUACUAAUACCUUGAAUUCUGGUAACUUUGGUGGCCACAGCACCAGUGAUUUCGAUGAUGGUUUUCUACGCAGGAAACAGCGCAGAAACAGGACAACGUUCACCCUUCAGCAGUUAGAAGCUUUAGAAGCUGUGUUUGCACAGACACACUAUCCGGAUGUAUUCACCAGGGAAGAACUUGCUAUGAAGAUUAACCUCACGGAAGCGCGGGUUCAGGUGUGGUUUCAAAACCGCAGAGCCAAAUGGAGAAAGACUGAGAGAGGCAAUUGUGACCAGGAAGGAGGCAAAGAAACUGGAGCAGAUGGAUCUCCGCCAGUCAGGAACUUAAACUCUCCUUCUCAGGUAGAACAGAACAGGAACAAAAAGGAGUCUGUGGACAUGCAAGGUCUGAACAGGUCUGUGGGGCCAACAGCUCCCUUCUUCCCCUCCUGCCUACCCAGCACGCUGCUCAACACCGCCACUUACGCACAGGCGCUGACCCAAGUCGCCACGUUAAAAGGAAAUCCUCUUUGCUCUUGCUGUGUGCCAGAUCCAAUGGGCCUGUCUUUCUUACCGCCGUAUGGUUGUCAGAGUAAUCGCACAGCCAGCGUUGCCGCACUGCGCAUGAAAGCACGGGAACACUCAGAGGCAGUGCUUCAGUCUGCCAACCUCCUUCCUACAGCCAUUGUCAGCCCUGCCCCAGGACCCAAGCCCCCUAUGGACAUCAACCAGGAGAAGCCAAGCCACCCCAAAGAAAAGAUGGAAACGGAAAGGAACGUAUGAGGGGGAGCAAGACGGAGCCCGGACUGUAGUAAAAGACACUGUUGAUCACUUGAUUGUGGACCUUAUCCUCACACCUCGGAAGAGGUUGGAUCUACCAUAUGAUCAGAAAGCGGCUACAAUCUGUACAUAAGGAACCAGACAGAAAAAGGGCCACUGAGGUCAAUCAGGCCGCUCCCCAAAAAACUGUACAAAA